UCUGUCCUCUUCCUCCGGGUGUGCACGCGCGCGGGCUGCACGGUUGGUUUUGGCAGGAGCUCGCUCGUGUGUGCGCGUGUGUGAGCGUGCGUGUCUGGAGAGCGCCAGAGCCUUGCUCGCUCUCGGGGAGUCGAAGAAGAGAAAGAACUGAAGAGGCGGCGUCGGCGGCGGCGUGGAGCCCGGGGCCGCGCGAUGAAGCUCCCACAUGCCCGCAGCUGCCCGGCCUGGCCGGCGAGCUAAUCAGCUACUCCCCGGGCUCCGGGCUCCGCGGCCCCGGGGACGCAACCCUUGGCGGCCCCGCGCCCGCUUGGUCCGCUCGCCCCUGCUGUGCACCCGGAAAGGAGUUUGCGUGGCCCUCGCUCCAGCUCUCGGCGUCGGCUGCGGGCGCGAGAGGAGACCCUCGGCUGGGCGAGAACCUCAGGAGGAGGAGGAAAAGGAGGAGGGCUUGGCAGAGAAGCUGCCACCCCUGGCUCUCGCGGCUCCCCCUACCUAUUCCGUCGCUCCCGCUCCUAGGCGGAAAGAGGAGGACGAGGAAGAAGAAGAAAAAGAAAGAGAAGGGGGUGGGGUGGGAGAACUGGAUAUAAAGAUCGGCUGGGGGGAUGGUGGAAGAUUUUUGGUCUCUCCAGCAGCGUCUUUUCUUAAGCGGCAGCGGCAGCAGCAGCAGCAGGAGAAGCAGCCCCAGUUAUGACUGCCGCAUGUUAAUAGCUGCCGCUGGGGUCCCUCCGCUGCUGUGGGAGACAGAACCUGACUCCGAAGUUGUGCAACUGUGGACUGGGAGAGACAUUUGAACCCCUUUUUCUCGUCGCUCAGUCGUUGGCCCCUUGGUGUGUGUGAAGCGAGAAACCGAGAGGAAGACACACAUUUGAUUCUUUCCCCCCCUUCUCCUGUCUCCAUGGCUGUGUAGCAGAAGGAAGGGCGAACGGAGAGACUUUUUGUUUUUGUUUCCUCGGCUGGGGUCUCCACCCUCCUGCUGCCUUCUCUGCGCUUUGGUUAUCAUCUUCGUUGCCGCGAGUGGUGGGGGUGUCUUCGCUGGGGCCGGUAGGUCUUUUGCCCCGGGCUCCAUGGCUGGAUUGUGGAAGCUGCACCCGGCUGCAGGUUGUUGAGCAACUGAUGGGACGAUCUCAGGGACCGGCGGUCACGAAAGAUCAUUUGGAGAGUUAUAAGAAGGAAGAAUGACAUAUCUGAUUCACAUUUUAAAAGACCAUUUUGGUGACUGGAUGAAUAAUGAGCUGGUGAGAUGUUUAACUGUUCUAUAAAUUGGAGGAAAAAAGCAUGGAUUUUUAGCAACUGAAGGACAAAUUAAGGAUUCAGAUUUGGAAUAUUGGUGUUUCUGUUUUGAAGAAUUUUUUUUUUCUAUUUGAUUAAACAAUCAUCCGUCUUCAAGUGCAGAAUUGGAAUCAGAAAGACGAUUAUUUUGUUUCUUCUUUGGAAUAUUUGCUCUUGAGCCUCUCACGUCUGAGUACACAAUCAUGUGGUCAUCACAGCUACUGCUCUUCAUGAUGCUCUUAGUGCCAGUAAUUCAUGGUGGCAAGCACAGUGAGCGACAUCCAGCCCUCGCUGCUCCCCUGCGACAUGCAGAGCGCAAUCCAGGAGGCGCCCUUCCUCCCAGACAUCUCCUUCAGCAGCCUGCUGCAGAGCGAGCCACUGCUCAUCGUGGACAAGGGUCCCGUGGAGCUGCCAGAGUUCGUGGUCCAGGUUCCCAAGGAGCACAGAUUGCAGCCCAAGCUUUCAGCCGUGCCCCAAUCCCAAUGGCUGUUGUCCGCAGAGAACUCUCCUGUGAAAGCUACCCCAUAGAACUUCGCUGUCCAGGAACAGAUGUCAUCAUGAUUGAAAGUGCCAACUAUGGGAGAACUGAUGACAAAAUUUGUGACUCCGAUCCUGCUCAGAUGGAGAAUAUACGAUGCUAUCUGCCAGAUGCCUAUAAGAUUAUGUCUCAAAGGUGCAAUAAUAGAACCCAGUGUGCAGUGGUGGCAGGUCCUGAUGUUUUUCCAGACCCAUGUCCAGGAACCUAUAAAUACCUUGAAGUUCAGUAUGAAUGCGUCCCUUACAAAGUGGAACAAAAAGUUUUUCUUUGUCCUGGACUGUUAAGAGGAGUGUACCAGAGUGAACAUUUAUUUGAAUCUGACCACCAAUCUGGGGCGUGGUGCAAAGACCCUCUGCAGGCUUCUGAUAAAAUUUAUUAUAUGCCCUGGACUCCCUAUAGAACUGAUACCCUGACUGAGUACUCAUCCAAGGAUGACUUCAUUGCUGGAAGGCCAACUACAACCUACAAACUCCCUCACCGGGUGGAUGGCACAGGAUUUGUAGUAUAUGACGGAGCUUUGUUCUUCAACAAAGAGCGCACCAGGAACAUCGUGAAGUUUGACUUGAGGACUAGAAUAAAGAGUGGAGAGGCCAUCAUAGCAAAUGCCAAUUACCAUGAUACCUCCCCUUACCGAUGGGGAGGCAAAUCUGACAUAGAUCUGGCAGUGGAUGAGAAUGGGCUAUGGGUGAUCUAUGCAACAGAACAAAACAAUGGCAAAAUUGUCAUUAGCCAAUUGAACCCUUACACCUUACGGAUUGAAGGGACAUGGGAUACUGCCUAUGAUAAAAGGUCAGCUUCCAAUGCAUUUAUGAUUUGUGGGAUUCUGUAUGUGGUCAAAUCUGUAUAUGAAGAUGAUGAUAAUGAAGCCACGGGGAAUAAGAUUGACUACAUUUACAACACCGACCAAAGCAAGGAUAGUUUGGUGGAUGUACCCUUUCCUAAUUCAUACCAGUACAUAGCAGCUGUGGAUUACAACCCCAGGGACAAUCUUCUUUAUGUAUGGAAUAACUACCACGUUGUGAAAUAUUCUUUGGAUUUUGGACCUCUGGAUAGCAGAGCAGGGCAAGCACAUCACGGACAGGUAUCAUACAUCUCUCCACCAAUUCACCUUGACUCUGAGCUAGAAAGACCCCCAGUUAGAGAAAUCUCUACCACAGGACCCCUUGGCAUGGGAAGCACCACCACCAGUACCACCCUUCGGACCACAACUUGGAUCCCAGGCAGAAGUACCACCCCAUCGGUGUCAGGAAGAAGGAACAGGAGUACCAGCACUCCAUCUCCAGCUGUCGAGGUUCUGGACGACAUUACCACACACCUCCCAUCAUCAUCAUCCCAAAUUCCGGCUGUGGAAGAAAGCUGUGACGCUGUGGAGGCCCGGGAAAUCGUGUGGUUUAAGACUCGUCAAGGACAGAUGGCAAAGCAGCCAUGUCCCACAGGAACUAUAGGAGUAUCAACUUAUCUAUGCCUGGCUCCUGGAACGUGGGAUCCCCAAGGACCAGAUCUCAGUAACUGUUCUUCCCCUUGGGUCAAUCAUAUAGCACAGAAGUUGAAAUCUGGAGAGACAGCUGCCAACAUUGCUAGAGAGCUGGCUGAACAGACAAGAAAUCAUUUGAAUGCUGGAGACAUCACCUACUCUGUCCGUGCCAUGGAUCAGCUGGUGGGACUCCUGGAUGUGCAGCUGCGGAACUUGACCCCUGGUGGAAAAGAUAGCGCGGCCCGCAGUUUGAACAAGCUUCAGAAAAGGGAGCGCUCUUGCAGAGCCUAUGUCCAGGCAAUGGUCGAGACAGUUAACAACCUCCUCCAGCCACAAGCCUUGAAUGCAUGGAGAGACCUGACUACAAGUGAUCAACUUCGUGCAGCCACCAUGUUGCUUGACACUGUGGAGGAAAGUGCUUUUGUGCUGGCUGAUAACCUUUUGAAGACUGACAUUGUCAGAGAGAACACAGACAAUAUCCAAUUGGAAGUUGCAAGACUGAGUACAGAAGGAAACUUAGAAGAUCUAAAAUUUCCAGAAAACAUGGUUCAUGGAAGCACUAUCCAACUUUCUGCAAAUACUUUAAAACAAAAUGGCCGAAACGGAGAGAUCAGAGUGGCCUUUGUCCUGUAUAACAACCUGGGUCCUUAUUUGUCCACGGAGAAUGCCAGCAUGAAGUUGGGCACAGAGGCCAUGUCCACCAACCAUUCUGUUAUUGUCAACUCCCCUGUUAUUACAGCAGCAAUAAACAAAGAAUUCAGUAAUAAAGUUUAUUUGGCUGAUCCUGUGGUAUUCACUGUUAAACAUAUCAAGCAAUCUGAGGAGAACUUCAAUCCUAACUGUUCCUUUUGGAGCUACUCCAAGCGCACAAUGACAGGUUAUUGGUCAACGCAAGGCUGUCGGCUCCUAACGACAAAUAAAACUCAUACUACAUGCUCGUGUAACCACCUAACCAACUUUGCAGUACUGAUGGCACAUGUGGAAGUUAAGCACAGUGAUGCAGUCCAUGACCUCCUUCUGGAUGUGAUCACAUGGGUUGGCAUUUUGCUGUCCCUUGUUUGUCUCCUGAUUUGCAUCUUCACAUUUUGCUUUUUCCGCGGGCUCCAGAGUGACCGUAACACCAUCCACAAGAACCUCUGCAUCAGCCUAUUUGUAGCCGAAUUACUCUUCCUGAUUGGCAUCAACCGAACUGACCAACCAAUUGCCUGUGCAGUUUUUGCUGCCCUCUUACAUUUCUUCUUCUUGGCUGCUUUUACCUGGAUGUUCCUGGAGGGAGUACAGCUUUAUAUCAUGCUGGUGGAGGUUUUUGAGAGUGAACAUUCACGUAGGAAGUACUUUUACCUGGUCGGCUAUGGUAUGCCUGCACUGAUUGUGGCUGUGUCCGCCGCAGUAGACUACAGGAGUUACGGAACAGAUAAAGUAUGUUGGCUCCGACUUGACACCUACUUCAUUUGGAGUUUUAUAGGACCAGCGACCUUGAUAAUUAUGCUUAAUGUUAUCUUCCUUGGGAUUGCUUUAUAUAAAAUGUUUCAUCAUACCGCCAUCCUGAAACCUGAAUCUGGCUGUCUUGAUAACAUCAACUAUGAGGAUAACAGACCCUUCAUCAAGUCAUGGGUUAUAGGUGCAAUAGCUCUUCUCUGCCUGUUAGGAUUGACCUGGGCCUUUGGACUCAUGUAUAUUAAUGAAAGCACAGUCAUCAUGGCGUAUCUCUUCACCAUUUUCAAUUCUCUACAGGGAAUGUUUAUAUUCAUUUUCCAUUGUGUCCUACAAAAGAAGGUUCGAAAAGAGUAUGGAAAAUGCCUGAGAACGCAUUGCUGUAGUGGCAAAAGUACAGAGAGUUCUAUUGGCUCAGGGAAAACAUCUGGUUCUCGAACUCCUGGACGUUACUCCACAGGCUCACAGAGCCGAAUUCGCAGAAUGUGGAAUGACACGGUCCGAAAGCAGUCAGAGUCUUCCUUCAUCACUGGAGAUAUAAACAGUUCAGCAUCACUCAACAGAGGAGCCAUGGCUAAUCAUCUUAUAAGCAAUGCUCUGCUUCGUCCGCAUGGUACUAACAAUCCCUAUAAUACAUUGCUUGGGGAACCGGCGGUCUGUAACAACCCUUCUGUCAGCAUGUACAACGCACAAGAGGGGCUUCUGAACAAUGCCAGGGAUACAAGUGUCAUGGAUACUCUACCACUGAAUGGUAACCAUGGCAAUAGUUACAGCAUUGCCAGUGGCGAGUACCUGAGCAACUGUGUGCAAAUUAUAGACCGUGGCUAUAACCAUAACGAGACCGCCUUAGAAAAAAAGAUUCUGAAGGAACUCACUUCCAACUAUAUCCCUUCUUACCUGAACAACCAUGAGCGCUCCAGUGAACAGAACAGGAAUCUGAUGAACAAGCUGGUGAACAACCUCGGCAGUGGGAGUGAAGACGACGCCAUUGUCUUAGAUGAUGCCACCUCCUUUAAUCAUGAGGAAAGCUUGGGCCUAGAACUCAUUCAUGAGGAAUCGGAUGCUCCUUUGCUGCCCCCAAGAGUUUACUCCACAGAGAACCACCAGCCACACCAUUACACCAGAAGGCGGAUCCCCCAAGACCACAGUGAGAGUUUUUUCCCUUUGCUAACCAACGAGCACACAGAAGAUCUCCCGUCACCCCAUCGGGACUCUCUCUAUACCAGCAUGCCAGCACUGGCUGGUGUGCCUGUCACAGAGAGUGUUACCACCAGCACCCAGACCGAACCCCCACCGGCCAAAUGUGGUGAUGCCGAAGAUGUUUACUACAAAAGCAUGCCAAACCUAGGCUCCAGAAACCACAUCCAUCAGCUGCACACCUACUAUCAGCUAGGUCGCGGUAGCAGUGAUGGAUUUAUAGUUCCUCCAAAUAAAGAUGGGACCCUUCCGGAGGGAAGUUCAAAAGGACCUGCUCAUUUGGUCACUAGUCUAUAGAAGAUGACACAGAAAUUGAAACCAACAAAACUGCUAACACCUGGUUGACUGUUUUGAGUUGAUAUAAGCAGUGGUAAUGAUGUGUGUACUCCUAAAUCUUUACGCUGUUCUUGAGAGACAAAAACAAACUUUCAGAAGUCCUUUCUUUUUUUUUUUUUUUAACUGGGAUUUUUAGGUCAGCCCAGGGGAGAAAGAUAACUGCUGACACCCCCGUGCUCUCUCCUUUCUUGCCCUUUCCCCCCUCAGAUGGAGACUUCAUUAUGUUAAUGAACGAGAUAUGAAGAAAAUGGCACUCAUUGUGGCCUUGUUGAAUUAUGUUGUGUUUGUUCUAAUAUCUCUGAUCUCUGUUACUAUGAUUACAAGGACCUGCUUUUUAAAAGGCCAGAACAGUUGUUUGAAAUUAGUAACAAUGCCGCAUCUAGAUUGGAGUGCUGCACAAACAAACAUAAAGCAAAGCAAAACUGUAUCGCAUAGUGGUUUUUAGUCACUGACAACCUGAAUUCAUCACAGCGGGAAUAGCUGUGGAAUAAAAACAACAAAAUUAAUAAUGAAAUGGAGGGGAAUUCUAGAAUAUAUGCUAAAUGCAUAUUUUAUGAUUUGCUGUAUUAACUGAUGAUAAAACUAAUGGCAGAAAAAAAAUUGAACAAUUUCUAUGUAAUGUACAGAUACUAGCAUUGCACAUAUAGUCUGCUUUCUGUUCCUCCAGAAUUUGAGUCCUGUUAAUGUAGUGAAAAAAAAAAAAGACAAUUUUUCUUUUUCUUUUGUGCUGGUCUUGCAAGUUUGUCUACCAGUAAGAGAGCAAAGUUUCCUUCCUUUCUAUCUCUUUUUCCUUUCUUCAUUUUCUUUCUUUUCCUCUUUCUUGCCUUUUUUUUUAAAUUUCACCUGGCAAAAAAAUAAAUAAAUAAAUAAAUGAAACUGUCACUUUAUAAGAAUCAUUUUCUAGUAAUGCAAACAAAUUAUUUUUUACAAAAAAUAUAAAAUAAAUAAAAUUAGACUUCCUUCCCUCACUAUAUAUCUUCAUUCAGUCAGACUAUUUCCAAGAGCAUUUUUGCAAAUUAGAGCAGGACACACUUUUAUGUUUACAGUGCACAUCUGUUAUAAUACAAAGCAUAUUUGGCAAGCAGUUCAUCACCAAGACAGUAGCUAUGAUUCUAGAAGUCAAGAGGUGUCAAUAGAACUAGUGGGACUUCUGCAUGUGAAAAAAAUGGUAUCCCAUAGGCGUUAAGGUGCUGAAUGUUCAGUCUGAUCCCCAAGUGGGUACCUGCGCUACCAGUUUUUAAAGAAAAUUCACUCCCUUGUAGUAAAGAAUUGAAAGGUCAAGUUAUUUUGAAGUGAUUCAAAAGAUCUCUUCUGUUUAUUAACAGGAAAAUUUAUUUAUUUCACAGGAUUUUACAUACUGUAGGAUUACAAGAGAUAAAUUAGCAGCACAUAUAAUUUUUUUUUUAAAUUUAUGAUCCAUUUUGUAUGGUCUCAAGUUGAAUGACCUCAUUACUAAUAUUUGUUGUAAAAGUGAAACUUGUUUGCCAACCAAUAAACAACUGAUUGAGAUUUAGAAGAUACUGUACUGAUGUAUGUACUAUAUGAUUAAUUAUUCUUUUCAUUUUUCUCGCCUUUGCUUCUGUUUUCAAUAUAUAAACUUUGCUAAUAUUCUGUGGCCCAAAUGGGCCAUGCUAAAAAAAUCAAUAUGCCUAGAUGAAUACCCCCAGCACAAAAUUAUACAGAUUCUACAGAUAAAGUAAACCAGAAAAAAAUGGGAUGGGCAUGUUUACAUUGAUAAAAUAAGGUGCAUAACAUACUAGCAAGGUUAAUACAUAGGUUAUUAGGUGCUUAUUUCUAAAUCAGCUGUAGUCCUAUGCUUAUAUAAAACCAGUUCCAACCAGAGAUUUAAGUAUUGAUUUUUGGUAGUACUGUAGAUCACAUUUUACCUUUUUUGUAAGCUCCAUUUUCAUAGUCAAAAUUUAAAUUCACUCAAUUAUUUAAAAGCUGCAGGAAUCAUCACUGUGAGGCCAUCCAUUUUAUAAAAAUAGUUUAAGGCUAUACUAUGCUAGCUAUUUGUUGCUUUUGUUGUUCUGUUUAUUGAAGAAGGAUAAAGUUCUUUAAAGACACUUUUUAGACCUCCAGUUACUGAAGAACCCUUACCAGCAGUGUCUAAGCAUGGAGUUCAGUUCCUCUUAUGGCAAAACUAGAAUGAACUUGCCAAAUUACAAUUUCUCUUGUAGUUAUGUGACAUCUUGGUGAUUAAUUAAUCUAUUUUUUCCCCAAAAUCUAAACACCACUCAUCUAUGAAUUAAUUUUUAAAUUAAGAUGAAAAGAAGUAGUUUAGAAGAAACCAGCCAGAGGUUUGUUAUAUAUUUCUAAAAUAUGUGACAAAAGAAAAUUCUGUGCUGGGUCAGAGUACAUCAUAAUCUUAAUAUCACCUCAAAAUGUUACAUGCAUCAUUCUGUUUUAGUCACUUGACAUGAUUAUUUUUAGUCUUAAGAUUUUCUAUAAGUUGUAGGAAAACCACAAGUUGUAAUGGUGAUUAGGAUUUUCCAUAUGCCAUAUGGCAAUGUUAGGGUUAAUUUAGUUGAUACAUAAGACUAUAUCUGGUAAUGAAAGAACAUAUUUAGACACACAUAAGGUAACUUCAGAAACACAAAUGUGGUAUGUGGAUUUUGAACACUUAUGGUCAUGUUGCCAAUCCAACCAUAAUCUAUAAAAGCAACUCCACCAGUAAGGAACUAGUUUCACAGAACAAUGGGGAAACUACCUCAAUUCAGCUUGCUGAUUCCUACAUUUUUUCUGAUAUUGCUACCUCCCUGUUCAUUAUCUUUUGUGUUUUACUAUAUGUAAAUUCAAACAGGUAGCCUCCCCAGCUCUACAUAGACCAUAUUGAAGAAAACCAUUCGAAUACAUACACUGAUGCAGAUAGCCAUUCAGUACUACUAACCUUUUCCAUCAAGAUGAAAAGGUGAGAAUUUUGAACUCUCAUUCACAAUAAUAGAUGUGCUUUCAGAGAAAGUUGAAAUCCAAAGACAUUCACAGGAAAUAAUUGUUCCCCCUAAUUCUACGUUACGAUAAUGAAAACA